CCCCCCCGCCAGCCCCAAACCUUCUCAUGUUGAGCACUGCGGCUCCAUCGGCAGCAACAUUUCUCUCUGUAAGGGACGUUUCUGAUUAAGCAGGGGCACUGAAUAGAAACCAAUCAGAUAGAGAGUCCCUUUGGCUUCAGCUCCGUGCCUGCCUGACUUAAAAGUGAUGCUUGGAGAGAAGGAGCUGUAGUUAGAUGCAAGUGCAUAUAGUGCUGGAAAUACAGUAACAGGCAGAAGGAAGGAAGCAGGUAAAGAAGCAGCAUUGAAUGGACAGAGCUAGGCUCAUGCUGACAGACACGGUCCUACUUACAAGAGGAAUAUAACAUUAAAAAAAAAAAAUACUUCCUGUGAAUUAUUAGUGGAGUGGAGGCUAACAGCAUCUCUGUAAAUGAUGAGGACUUACUCCUUGAUGGUCUUUCUUUGGAGCUGUAUGUUUCAUGUGAUUCAUGUGAUGCCAUCCCAACAAAGGACUAACAAGCACUCAGGCAGUGAAAGGUUAACAGGAUUGUCAGAGAAUGAUGGAAAAACACUGCACCGCACCAAGCGCGGUUGGAUGUGGAAUCAAUUUUUCUUGCUGGAGGAGUACACAGGUCCAGAUACUCAAUAUGUGGGCAAGCUACACACUGACCAAGAUAAAGGAGAUGGGAAUUUAAAAUACAUAUUAACAGGAGAUGGGGCUGGCAGUCUGUUCAUUAUAGAUGAAAAUACGGGAGAUAUUCAUGCUGCAAAGAAAUUGGACAGAGAAGAAAAGUCUCUAUAUGUGCUACGUGCCAAGGCUAUAGACAGAAAAACUGGAAGACAAGUGGAACCAGAGUCUGAAUUUAUCAUUAAAAUCCACGAUAUCAAUGACAAUGAACCAAAAUUCACCAAGGACAUAUACACCGCCAGUAUUCCAGAGAUGUCUAGAGUUGGAACAUCUGUUUUUCAAGUGACAGCCACAGAUGCUGAUGAUGCCAACUAUGGAAACAGUGCCAAAGUAGUGUACAGCAUUCUCCAGGGACAGCCAUAUUUUUCAGUGGAUCCAGAAACAGGCGUAAUCAAGACUGCUUUGCCAGAUAUGAGCAGAGAAAACAGGGAACAGUAUCAAGUGGUCAUCCAGGCCAAAGAUAUGGGAGGCCAGAUGGGAGGACUAUCUGGGACCACAACUGUGAACAUCACGUUGACUGAUGUCAAUGACAAUCCGCCUCGUUUCCCUCAGAGUACCUAUCAGUUCAGCUCUCCUGAGUCUGCACCACCUGGGACUCUUCUUGGCAGAAUUAAAGCCAAUGACCCUGAUGUGGGUGAAAAUGCAGAGACUGAGUAUAGCAUCUCCAAUGGGGAUGGAUCAGACAUGUUUGAUAUCGUCACUGACAAGGACACACAGGAAGGGAUCAUAACUGUCAAAAAGCAUCUGGAUUUUGAAAGUAAGAUGUUAUACACUUUAAGAGUGGAAGCCACCAACACACAUCCUGAUCCUCGUUUUCUUCAGAUGGGGCCAUUCAAGGACACAGCUUUGCUCAAAAUUUCUGUGGAAGACAUAGAUGAACCUCCAGUGUUCAGCAGACCCUGGUAUUUAAUAGAAGUAGAUGAAGAUGCUAAGGAAGGAAGCAUUAUUGGACAAGUUGUAGCCCAAGAUCCGGAUAUAACAAAGAAUGCUAUAAAAUACUCUGUGGAUCGACACACUGACCUUGACAGAGUAUUCAACAUCUAUUCAGGAAAUGGAUCCUUAUUCAUCUCAAAGCCACUUGACCGGGAAGAAACUCCCUGGCACAACAUCACUGUCAUAGCAACUGAAAUCAAUAAUCCUAAGCAAAGCAGCCAGGUAUCUGUCUUCAUCCAGAUUUUAGACAUAAAUGAUCAUGCACCAGAAUUUUCCAAAUACUACGAAACAUUUGUUUGUGAAAAUGCAAAAGCAGGACAGUUAAUACAAACUGUGAGUGCAGUUGACAAAGAUGAGCCCCCUCGAGGACAUAGAUUUUUCUUUGAGUUGGUGCCAGAAUUUGCUGUUCAUCCAAACUUCUCCAUUGUAGACAACAAAGAUAACACAGCAGGAAUUAUGACUAGAAAAAAUGGAUACAGCCGUAGUAAGAUGAGUACCUAUCUCCUGCCAAUCAUAAUAUUUGACAACGACUACCCAAUCCAGAGCAGCACUGGCACGCUGACAAUUCGAGUGUGUGCCUGUGACAGCGGGGGGAACAUGCAGUCCUGCAAUGCUGAGGCCUUGCUCUUCCCUGCUGGACUCAGCACAGGGGCACUGGUUGCCAUUCUCCUCUGCAUCAUUAUCCUGCUAGUAUUAGUUGUCUUGUUUACGGCCCUCAAGAGACAGAGGAAGAAAGAACCCUUGAUCGUUUCAAAGGACGAUGUUCGGGACAACAUUGUUACCUACAAUGAUGAAGGAGGUGGGGAAGAAGACACCCAGGCUUUUGACAUUGGCACACUGAGAAAUCCAGAAGCAAGGGAAGAAAGUAAGAUGAGAAGAGAUGUUAUCCCAGAAACUAUAUUUCAGAUAAGACGGACUGCACCUCUUUGGGAAAACAUUGAUGUCCAAGACUUUAUUCACAGAAGACUAAAGGAAAAUGAUUUAGACCCAGCUGCCCCUCCUUAUGAUUCACUAGCAACAUAUGCCUAUGAAGGAAAUGAUUCCAUAGCAAAUUCACUCAGCUCCCUGGAAUCACUUACUACAGAAGGCAACCAAGACUAUGAUUACCUCAGCGACUGGGGCCCUCGAUUUAAAAAACUAGCAGAUAUGUAUGGUGGAGAAGACAGUGAUAGAGACUGAAAAAGUAAUCUGUGACCUGGUUGGUGUUAGUGGAAUUCAUGUCUAUGUUACUAGAUAAAGUGACCUACUCUCACUUGGGAAUAAAAAUUUACAAAAAAAUAGAUGUUGUCUUAGUAAGAGUUUGCUUAAUCAGUAAGUCAACGUGAAAGAAUAUGAAUGAUUUAGACUUUAAAAAAUCUAUAGUUCAUCCUCUUUGCCUAGGAACCUCUGAUGAAAGGUUUUUAUUGACAAUGAAAAACAAUAAAAGGCUUUUUGUGCCUUUAAUUAUGAGAUGGAAAAUUGAUUUUUUUCUUUUUAAUUGCUUUGCAUUACCUUUCAAACUACCUGGGACAUUGUGCGCCUGCAUUGCAACAUAUUCUCAAAAACAUACUUUAAAAAAUAUUAAUAUUCCUGCCAUAUUUAUUGAGUUAAAGAAUGUCUGUGUGUUGAUUCAUCAUGAUAUUUUUAUAUAUGUAUAUUUAUAUUUUUGUAUUUUUAUUAAAUAAAUUAGUAUUUAUAAAAACAAUAUACACAUAAUUUAUUAAUAAUAAGACACUGUCCAAUCUUUCUGAACAAAUGAAUCUUCAUAUUGUGAAAUAAUUUUUUUAAUGCAUCUUCUUAUAUUGGAUUAACGGUUGAAAUGUACUGUGCAAGAACAAUAUGGAGAGAGUGCUCUUUAAUGGGAAUGCAGUGUAGAAAAAAGAAAAGUUAUUUUCAAAAAAAGUGAUUAUAAAUAAAUGACUCGCAAUGUGUAUUACUACAUGGCAUAAUAAUAUAGUUUCAUAGCAAAACUUGCUCCCACACACCUUCUUAUAUGAAGUAACCAGAGAGAGGAUUUAACAGAUAUAUGCCUGGGGAUUUAAGGAACCAUGAAAGUUUGUUUAUUCUUGUAGAUAUGAAAACUAUUCUGUAAUAUUUUUAAUGGAAUAAUUAAGCAAACAUCAAUAAUGAAAAGAAGUCUUUUGUAUGCUAAUUUAUUUUGGGGUUUGAGGCAAUUAGACAAAUCAGACAUGUUCUUAAUAGGGUUUUUUGAAGUCAGAGUGAGCCAAGCAGUAAAACAAAGUCCAACUAAUAUUUUGCUAAAGAUGUCAAUGCUCUCUUUCUUCAACAAAGUGCAUACAUUUGCAUAUUUUCUAAAGCCUUAAUGACAAUCUUCAAGUAUAUAUAUGUGUUUAAAAUCCAUUUUCUGGAUCAGUUUUUAUGCAAUGCACAUUUUUUUUUCAAAGCACAGGAUACGAGGAAUUUACAUAAAUCACGUGUCUAACUUUAAAAGUUGCAAUGUUUUCUAUACAUGCAUUUUAAAAAAAGAACAAAACCAAACAAACCUCAAAUGUAUGAAAAAGAAUUCAAAUUGCUAAUUAUACAGGA